ACCGGUAUGUAUCUUUUAUGUAGGGGAUUUCUCUUGUAUUCUACGCAUAGAAAUCCCCGAGUGCUCCAAAUAGGGUUGGUCUGCACAGGAAUUUCGGCAACGUCGCCGAUUCCGCUGUCCUGUCAGUUCUUACUCAUUUCCACACAACCUGUAAGUUCGCCUGAUUAUCCUUAUUUUUUAUGUUUUAAAAAUUAACAGAGGAAAAUCGCAUUUCGAACGCAUAUCGCAUCACUUUUGUUGUUUUGUAUGUGGCACUUGCGUGGUGUUUACUUUGAACAGGAGAACGCAAUCGACUUUUUGAUAACAAGAAAUACAAAAUAAAACGUUAUAGUAUGUGUUUAAUUUAGUCGCGAGAAAAGUAACAUAAAGUAGCUCGUUUAAAAAAAAAAACAAAACUAGUAAAUCAAAUUUAAAAUGGCGUGGGGUUACUGGAGCGCUACGACCGUCUCGGACAGGGGCCGUAGUCCUCGACGGAACCAAAACAACGCGUCCAAUCACGCUCAAAGCAUGCCCGUAACCAUCGAAGACAGGCCUUCAAUGUCUCAGACAUUCGCAACGGUUAACUCCAACAACAACUCCGUAACGGCCCAAUCCGCCGCCGUCAGCGUGGAAUUCGAGGAGAUCACGCCCGUCCAUCACCAGCUGUCGAGGCGGCCGUCCCUGGACCUGGGUCCUCAGGGAUCGCUGGCCGGGAUAAUUUGCGCUGCGCACGGUAGCCGGCUGGCCGGCGGACCCGGCACCCUGUCGGCCGGUAACACGUUGACCAGGGUGGGAAGCCGGCAUACGGCCGUCGAGUACGCCGUACCCCAUCAUUUCUAUCACCAUCACGCUUGUGUGGAGCACCAUCAGACGCAGCUGAGCUUUUCCGAUGACGAUUCCAGCUCGGAGCCGGGAUAUGCCACAGGAAGUAUUUAUCGAAGGGGAGCAAGACGCUGGAGGAAGCUAUAUAGAGUUAAUGGGCACAUAUUCCAAGCUAAGCGAUUUAAUAGAAGAGCCUUUUGCGCGUUCUGCAAGGACCGAAUCUGGGGCCUGGGCAGGCAGGGCUUCAAGUGCAUCCAGUGCAAAUUGCUGGUGCACAAAAAAUGCCACAAGGCAGUCAACAAACCCUGCACCAGCGAACACCAGGAACCCAUCAUCAGAGAAGACCACAACGGCGAGGCGCACGGAAUCAACACCCCCGUGGCCGAGAUAAAACCCGACCUACCCGAAAGGGACUUCUCCCAACCGCCGCCAGAUGUAACCGGUGAAUCGGUGCCGGUAGAGGAUCCGAACAAGCCGGUGGACGAGCUGGAGCCGGGCUCGCAGCGCCAGUACUCGCUCAACGACUUCGAAUUGAUCCGCGUUAUCGGUCGCGGUUCCUACGCCAAAGUGCUGAUGGUCGAAUUGAAGAAGACGAAGCGCAUCUACGCCAUGAAGGUGAUCAAGAAGGCCCUGGUCACCGACGACGAGGACAUCGAUUGGGUGCAAACCGAGAAGCACGUGUUCGAAACGGCCUCGAACCAUCCGUUUUUGGUCGGUUUGCAUUCGUGCUUCCAGACGCCGUCGCGGUUGUUCUUCGUCAUCGAGUUUGUGCGCGGCGGGGAUUUGAUGUUUCACAUGCAAAGGCAGAGGAGGUUGCCCGAGGAACACGCAAGGUUUUACGCAGCCGAGAUUUCGUUGGCCUUGAACUUUUUGCAUUGCAAAGGCAUCAUCUAUAGGGAUUUGAAAUUGGACAACGUUCUGUUGGACCACGAGGGGCAUAUCAAACUGACGGAUUACGGUAUGUGCAAGGAGGGAAUCAGGCCGGGCGAUACCACAUCGACUUUUUGCGGUACGCCGAAUUACAUAGCUCCGGAAAUAUUGCGCGGCGAAGAUUAUGGAUUUUCGGUUGAUUGGUGGGCUCUAGGCGUGUUGUUGUACGAAAUGUUGGCCGGUAGAUCGCCGUUCGAUAUAGCCGGCGCCUCCGAGAAUCCCGAUCAAAAUACCGAAGAUUAUCUGUUCCAAGUGAUACUGGAGAAGACCAUCCGUAUACCGAGAUCGCUGAGCGUCAAAGCGGCCAACGUGUUGAAAGGAUUCCUUAAUAAAAAUCCCGCCGACAGAUUGGGUUGUCAUGGUCCCGAAGCGUUCGUAGAAAUAACGAGUCACCAGUUCUUCAAGAGCAUCGAUUGGGAUAUGUUGGAGCAGAAACAAGUUCCUCCUCCGUAUAAACCCCGCUUAGAUUCAGACAGAGAUUUGGCUAAUUUCCCGCCGGAAUUUACAGACGAACCGGUGCAUCUUACACCAGAUGAUCCGAGGGUGAUUGAAAAAAUCGAUCAAUCGGAAUUCGAAGCCAAUUUACCGCCGCCGCCGCCGCCGGCCAUCGGGCACCGGUAUCCGCCGCCGGUGAUGCCGCCGCCGCCGCCGCCGGUCGCUGGUGAAUACGACGUGCCCGAAGGGAACGGGUACCUGGAGGUGGACGUGCGGCCGCCCGCCAAAUCUAUUCUUCAAAAUAUAUUCUGCCUUCCUCUUAACUAG